UAACAAACAGAUAAUUCAUUAACGAAAAUGAAGAGCAGGUUCCACAACCUGAGAAGUAUUAAUAUGACAAAUCACGAAAUAGCAUUUAUUUGUGAAACUUAUUUUCAUCCAAAACUAUGUAACUAAGAAACAUAUGUGCAUAAAACAGAUUACUUACUUAUUAAUUGAUUAUAGAAACAAAAAUCUUGAUAGCAUCAUAAACAUAAACAUCUAACCAUGAAAAUUGUACGUAAAUUGGUAUAAUUUGUUAGUAAUGGAGAUAUUUGAGGGGAGUUUUAUAUUCUUGUGCUUGUUUGAGUGACAAUUUUAAACAGUCUCCACUGGAAACAUGAUCAAAUCAAUUACUGAUGAUGAUCUUCAAGGAGAAUUCAAAUUCAAAGGUGCUCUUUUAUCUGUGGUUGGUCUGAUUUUCACAUGGAUCUUGCUGGGACAAUUGAUCAAUCUGCUAUUACAUUUUCUAUGGGUUGUAUGGACCUGCCUUCUGGUAUGCGCAAUUCUAUACCUGCCACUAAUUUGCCAAAAGAAAAUGAAAACGCCAAUUCUAAGGUACAUGUUCACGUCCAGGAAAAAGAUAAUGCUGAGCUCUGUACGCCGCGCAAGGAGACUUCAUGCGAAAUUCAAGGAGAUUGAACACGAUUCUCUGAAAGACUCAGACAAAGUUGAGACGAGUCCACCUGCUAAGCCAAAAGAAACACAGUGGAUUUUUUGUGACACUUUGAAUUGUUUUCCUGAACAAACGACGAGUGAAGCUGUGAAGAGCUUGAUAUAGAGAUAAUUUGACAGAUUUCUAUGGGUUUCAAUUUACUUGUUUGGAUAUUAUACUAAAUUGUGUCACUGGAAAUGUCCGUUUUGUGGGUUGUAAAUACUUUCAAAUCAUAGAUGGGAUAUUAUGUCUAUUGUUGAUUUAUUAAAUUUGUUUCGUUCUGUAACAAACUU